GGGGUGCAGUCAGAAACGGUUUUUGAAGCCGCCUCCGACAGUCCUUCCACCGCCUUAAACGGGACUAUUUAAUAUUUAUACUAAUUUUCCUUCACGAAUUUGCCUGAUUAACAUCAGCCCUUCACUAAUCCCUUCAAUAAAACAAAAAACAAAACUUUCUUCAAUUCCAACCAAUAGAAUCAUUUCAUGAUAAGUUUGAUUGUUGAAUGAUGAGUUGUGUUCAGGGGACUGGUUUUUGCAAGCCUGGUGUGAUUCUGCCGAACAGGGCUCACUUAAAGAGCGUGCCGUGCACGACAAGGCGGGCAUUGGUGAAGCUGAAUGCAACGACGUCGUACCCGCUAUUCGUGCCUAAGUUGAAAGGGCGGCAAAAACGAGGGGUUAUGUGUGUUCUCGGAGGGAAAGACAAGUCCGAAGACGAGAAACGACCAUGGGAAGCUUUUGGAAAAAAUAUGGGAAAUUUGAAGGGGCAGUCAAUUGAGGAUUUGCUUCGGCAGCAGAUCGAAAAGAAAGAAUAUUACAAUGGAAGUGGUGGCAAAAGUCCGCCACGUGGUGGUGGUGGCGGCGGCGGCGGCGGAAAUGGUUAUGGAGAUUCAGGGGAUGAAACUGGAAAACGAAUAUUAGCAACGAUUUUUGUCAUACUUGUGUACAUUUGCUUCAUUGAUGGUGUUGAGCUGACACGAUUAACAAACGAUUACAUAAAGUAUCUCCUUCGAGGAAAAAAGAGUGUCCGAUUAAAAAACGCAAUGUACAAGUGGGAAAGGUUCUGGAAAAGCCUGACAGAGAAGGUGUGUGAGAAGUUUCGGUUAGAGAUGAAUACCUCAACAUGGUUCCACUGUCCCAAUUAUAGGCGUCUUCUUCGAUCUUACAUAUCUUCACAAAAUGAUGCCCAGUAAUCCAACAUUUUCCCCCAAGCCCUGCAUUAUCCUCUUUCCCUGCUUAUCUUGCAUAUUGCCUGCAACAAUGAAGUGAAACUAGCUUUAGCACUUGUUUUCUGUCCUUUGAGAUGGUUCAAGAGACCGAUUAAUAUUUCUGUCAUAUCAUUAGCUUAAAAAACAUUUUUGUGUACAGGAAUUGAAACUUUAAUCUACUUAAAGAUGUAAGGCAUGCAUUGUAUUUUGUCAAUGGAAAUUUUUUCUUUCA